CCCUUGUGCCUCGUCCCUCGCUGCUUUUCUUUAAUUCUGUCCAUUUAGCGAAAAGAGAAAUCUUAUACACCCAUCAGCUAUGACUACUGAAAAGAAAAUUCGUCGUCGCCUGUGUAGAAGACAGAACUACCUUCAGGUGCCCGUCGGAGUUAGUCUCAGACAGCAGCAUCUUAAGAGAGCCAUGAAUACUACUCGCCGGCACGUGGAAGUGAAAAUGGGAGCUAUAAAGAUGGAGAUGAAACGCGUGAAGAACUCCAACAAGAAAGAAAGAGUGGAGUUCAGAGAGAUGGAAGCGAUGCUCCCACAGCUUAAAGCAGAGAGAAUGCACGCCCUGGAAGAGUACGUUUGGACUCAGGCUUGGUGUGAUGCCAUGGAGGCUCUGUUGUUUGCGCCCUAGCGGAUCAGGUCCACCCCUCUCUCCGGUUGGGCAUUGAUUCUACUGGUAUUUUACUAUUGGUCGCACUGGGUAUACUAUUAUACAGUUUGCUUGGUUUGAUUUUAUCUUCAUAUAUUAUGAAUUAAUUCCGGUGUGUAAA